AUGACGCCCACGUCUUCCGCCGAGGACCACCACAGCCCCGACCCUAUGGGCGAGGAGGAAGACACAACCCCUCCAGCAUCCCCCGGUACUGAGAAGAAGCCCACCAAGAAGCGCAAGUCAUGGGGCCAAGUUCUCCCUGAACCCAAGACCAAUCUGCCUCCUAGGAAACGGGCCAAGACCGAGGAUGAGAAGGAGCAGCGCCGAGUAGAGCGCGUAUUAAGAAAUCGUCGUGCCGCUCAGUCAUCCCGAGAGCGCAAGCGACAGGAGGUUGAGGCCCUGGAGAAGCGGAACAAGGAGCUUGAGUCUCUCUUGGCAAACGCGCAGAAGGCGAACCUGAUGCUCGUCGAAGAGCUCAGGCGCUUCCGUUCUGACUCCGGGGUCGUCACUCGAACUUCCACCGACACAUUCAAGGACAACCACCUGACUUUGUCGCCUGAACUCUUUGGGGCUCAGGCCGGUCAGGGCCUUGAGCCAACCAUGAAGAUGCUUGAUGACCUCAUCAAGCCCGCCGAACAGACCGUCAACCCAGCCUCACUUUCUCCCCCACCGGAGUCUGAUGAGGUCAAGCAAGAGCCCUCAGAAGAUGACCUGAAGCAAUCCAACGAGAGCCAGAUCCCAGUUCUGAACGCUGACCUGGACAUCUGCUCUCUUGGCAUUCAGUCUUCAGCUCAGGAUGAUGUUGCUUUCAGCUUCAACGAUUCUUUCGGCCUGUCAGCGGCCAUUAACACAGAUCGCCAUGUCCUCGAAAGCGGGCUUCUCUCUUCUCCCGAAUCCUCAUAUCUUGACGACGAUCAUCUGGCUGGUGACUCUGCCACCGGCUUCUUCCACCAAUCUACAUUCGGACUCGACAUCAACGAGAUCCUCUCCGACGAAGCGAACAACACAGUAUCAGACCUUAUGGCAGCGAGCCACGAUGCCGCAGCAGACUUCUUCGGCCUCGAGCCGCAAAUCUACGACUUUGAGACUCAAAUCUCUUCGGAAAAUCCUAUCCAGCAGCCCCAAUCUGGCGCGUCCUCUUUUGGAUGCGACGAUGGAGGCAUUGCGGAGACGCGCGAAGUCGAUCGCGAGCUGACACAAUGUUUGAGAAAUAUUGCUUUGCCUUCCAAGGAAGUCCUCAUGACCUUGUCAUGGGCCUUAAAGGUCGAAAUCCGAAAGUUGGAGAAGAGGCAGCAAGAUGGCGACGGCAUGGUAGCAGUCUUUGGACCUGAGAGUUGCGUCCCUAAUGACGGGAAAUACCAACCAACUAAACACUAUACUAUUACAUUAACGGGGAAGAGAUACGGAGUUGAAGAUCCCAGCGGUAGUACGAAACGUCGCCGACUGGCUUGA